AAGCUGAAGCGGUCAUCCCCUUCUUCAAAGGGGGAGACACCCUGGACCUAAACUGUUAGACCUAUAUCCAUCCUGCCUAAGGUCUUCGAAAGCCAAGUUAAUAAACAGAUCACUGACCAUCUCGAAUUCCAUUGACCUCCUCCACUGUGCAAUCCGGUUUCCGAGCCGGUCACGGAUGCACCUCAGCCACGCUCAAGGUACUAAACGAUAUAACCGCCAUCGAUAAAAGACAGUACUGUGCAGCCGUCUUCAUCGACCUGGCCAAGGCUUUCGACUCUGUCAAUCACCAUAUUCUUAACGGCAGACUCGGUAGCCUCGGUUUUUCUGAUGACUGCCAUGUCUGGUUCACCAACUACUUUGCAGACAUAGCUCAGUGUGUCAAAUCGGAGUGCAUGUCUGGUCCUCUGGCGGUUCCGACCUAGAAUAUGUGGACAUCUAUAAAUACCUAGGUGUCUGGCUAGACUGUAAACUCUCCUUCCAGACUCAUAUCAAACAUCUCCAAUCCAAAAUAAAAUCAAGAAUCGGCUUCCUAUUUCGCAACAAAGCCCCCUUCACUCACGCCGCCAAACUUACCCUAGUAAAACUGACUAUCUUACCGAUCCUCGACUUCGGCGAUGUCAUCUACAAAAUAGCUUCCAAUACUCUACUCAGCAAACUAGAUGCAGUUUAUCAUAGUGCCAUCCGUUUUGUUACUAAAACACCUUAUACCACCCACCACUGCGACCUGUAUGCUCUAGUCGGCUGGCCCUCGCUUCAUAUUCGUCGCCAGACCCGCAGGCUCCAGGUCAUCUAUAAGUCUAUGCUAGGUAAAGCUCCGCCUUAUCUCAGUUCACUAGUCACGAUAACAACACCCACCCGUAGCACGUGUUCCAGCAUGUAUAUCUCACUGGUCAUCCCCAAAUCCAACACCUCUUUUGGCCGCCUUUCCUUCCAGUUCUCUGCUGCCAGUGACUGGAACCAAUUGAAAAAAAUCGCUGAAGUUGGAGACUUUUAUUUCCCUCACCAACUUUAAACAUCAACUAUCUGAGCAGCUAACUGAUCGCUGCAGCUGUACAUAGUCCAUCUGUAAGUAGCCCACCCAAUCUACCUACCUCAUCCCCAUACUGUUUUUAUUUCAUUUACUUUUCUGCUUUUUUGCACACCAGUAUCUAUACUUGCACAUCAUUAUCUGCUCAUUUAUCACUCCAGUGUUAAUCUGCUAAAUUGUAAUUAUUUGCUCCUAUGACCUAUUUAUUGCCUACCUCCUCAUGCCUUUUGCACACACUGUAUAUAGACUUUCUUUUUUCUACUGUGUCAUUGGCUUGUUUAUUGUUUAUCCCAUGUGUAACUCUGUGUUGUUCUCUGUGUCACACUGCUUUGCUUAUCUUGGCCAGAAUUUCUUGAUGAUGCUCUUCGAGACAAGUUUGUAUGUGGUCUCACAGGUGAAGCAUAUCACAGAAGGCUUCUGUCAGAGAAGGACCUGACCUUUCGGAAAGCCUGUGAUAUCGCACUUGGACUCGAGCUUGCCCACAGGGAUACUAUUGAGCUAUCGGGAUAUGCAGAACGUCAGAAAGGUGUUCACAAGGUCAGUGAUGCACGUGGUGAAAAAGGCUCACAAAAGUCACACUUUUCUCAGUCCCGUCCUCAAGGUUACACAAGAACAAAGCAGCCCACAUCUCAAAGGUCUAAGCCAAGUUGCUACAGAUGUGGGGGAGAUAAUCAUCAGCACAGUGAAUGUCGAUUCCAAAACGUAAAGUUCCACAAUUGUGGAAAGGUUGGACAUUUACAGAAAGUGUGUAAAGCCUCAAAACGCACAGCGAGAGCGCACUAAGUGUCAGACGCAGCACAAGAAGAGGAAGGUACUACUGAAACAGUAUUGGAACUGUCCACAGUGUACACAGCUCAACAACAAAAAGAUGGAAUCUAUCUCAACAUGGAGUUAGCGUGAAAACCGGUAAAAAAGCAGCUGGACACGAGCGUCUGUAUCUCUGGUUCCAGAGAGACUCUACAAAGAAAAACUGAAAGAGUGCCCUCUUCAGCCAGCGUCCAUCCGCCUUUCUUCAUACACUGGUGACACUAUUCCUGUGUUAGGGCAGAUCCAGGUACCAGUCCGGUAUGAGGGGAAGGAGUGGACGCUACCGCUUGUCAUUGUUAAAGGAGAAAAAUCAGCCUUGCUAGGCAGAAAUUGGCUACAAAAGAUCAAGUUGAACUGGGGAGAAAUCUUCAGUCUGAGAAAGGACAAACCAGUGAGUCAGGCUACACUCACUAACAUGCUGGAGAAGCACAAAGAAGUUUUCAAAGAUGGCUACGGCGAAAUACAAGACUUCACAGCAAAAGUCAGAGUGCAAGAAGGAACCAAGCCUAUCUUUCACAAACCACGUCCAGUUCCCUAUGCUCUUAAGGAAGCAGUAGAGAAGGAACUGGACCGCCUACAGAAGAAUAACAUAAUCACGAAAGUAGCGAGAAGCGACUGGGCCGCUCCGAUUGUUGUAGUCCCAAAGAAAGACAAGACCGUCAGAAUGUGCGGUGACUACAAGGUCACAGUAAAUCGCUGCAUACUACCAGAGGAAUAUCCACUACCAAACGCUGAAGAUCUGUUUGCCACUCUAGCUGGUGGGAAGGUUUUCAGUAAGCUGGACCUGGCAUUUGCUUAUCAGCAACUGAAGCUGGAUCCGGAGUCAGAACAGUAUCUGACCAUCAAUACACACAAGGGGCUAUUCAGAUUCAAUCGCUUGGCCUACGGAAUCUCGACAGCUCCAGCGAUAUUCCAACACACAAUGGUUUAGGACAUUCAACAGCAUGUAGGCCACUGCUCACCUUGUGAAGCUGUUCGCAACAAGCCUGCUGCUGCAGCUCUUCAUCCAUGGUCCUGGGCUGCGACACCUUGGGAACGCAUCCAUGUGGAUUACGCCGAGAUUGACAAGCAACAUUUCCUUGUUGUCGUCGAUGUCCAUUCCAAGUGGAUGGAAGUGUUCCCUACUCAACUGACCACAGCUGAGAAGACCAUCAAUCUUCUCAGACACCUGUUCGCAUCCUUUGGACUAGUCAAGGAGCUCGUAUCGGACAAUGGCCCUCCUUUCACGUCAAACGAUUUUGAAAUGUUUCUCAAGAACAAUGGAGUAAGGCACAUCCUGUCACCACCUUACCAUCCGGCAUCAAACGGAUCAGCGGAGAGAGCCGUGCAAACCUUUAAGAAGGCCUGGACUAGACUCGAGGUCCAGUCUGUGCCCACCCACCAAAGGCUUCCCCGGUUCCUGUUUACUUACCGUAACACACCACACACAGUAACGGAAUGUACACCAGCUGAACUGUUUCUGAGACGCCAACCACGUACCCGCCUGACAUUGUUGAAACCAGACUUGUCAAGCACUGUGGCAAAGCACCAGCUACAGCAGAAGAAAGCUCAUGACAGACACUCAAAGACUGUCAGAGAAUUCAAAGAGGGAGAGAUGGUGAUGGUACGUGAUUUCAGACACCCCAAGAGCCUGUGGAACCCAGGUGUGAUCUUGCAACGCAAAGGACCUUUGACUUACCAAGUCCAAAUUGGUCAUCGCCAGGUCAACGUUCAUGUGGAUCAUCUGCUACGGUCCAACGCCCCAGCAGAGACACGCCGAGAGAACAAUAAUGACUCCCAGGACUAUUCUCCUGACUGUGGACGUACGGGAGAGACAGAGCCUGACCUUCCACCCGAACCUGGCCCAUCACCGGAAGCCCAGGAGGAGCGGAGAUAUCCUAUUCGACAGCGAAAGGCACCUCAAAAGCUUGACCUGUGAGUUGAGCUGUUUAAGGUAACAGACAGUAAAACAAACAAACACUUUAAUAUGUCCUAGAUAAAAGGAAAGAAAAAGGACAUUACCUGGGUUAGUUAUUAGGACACAAACUCCAUCUUCGGGGCAGAAUAAUCCCCUGGAUUUGUGCUGGGCUCUGAAAAGUCUGCUUCAACCAGGUCUCCUGCUAUCUCUCUC